AUGGAUAUUUCGAAAUUAUGUGGAAAAUGUGUCGAUGGAACUGCGAAUAUUGGCAGAGAUAUUUCUGGUCUUCAGAAGCGAAUACGGCAGGAUGAACCAACAGCACUGUACAUUCAUUGCCGGCCUCACACAGUAAGCCUAGUUGUUCAAGAUGCCAUGAAAGGUGUUCUACCUGUGAAGAACUUUCUUGGCAUUCUCAAAGAAGCGAUCAAGUUUAUUCGCGAUUUUCUGAAAAGAUUAGCGCAAUUUGAAGAACUACUUACAGAUGAUAGCCCAGAUUUAAUGCCGUUUUGCCUGAAAAUGUGGCUGCUUCGCAUCAAAUCGGCAAAAAGAAUGUACAACAAAACGGUGUAUAAUUCUUGCCUUAACUUUUUUGAAGAAAAGCGCGACGACCGCGAGUCAGAUAUAUCUGCGUGCGCUAAAGCAGCUGGCCUUUUUAAAAGGAUAGACAGUUUCUAG